UUUUUUUUUUUUGUUUUCGCCAUGUUUCAAACAUCUAAUGAUCUAAUAAAUGACAAACAAAUAAAAGAACAUAAACCUUUGCAUAGAAGAUCUUUUCCAAUAUGUCCAAAAUGUAAUCAAAGCUGUUCAAAAGAAGAUACUUUAGUUAGAGCGUUUAAUCAAGUAUAUCAUUAUAAAUGCUUUAUUUGUGAGGAUUGUUUUAUACCUGUAGCAAAUAAAUAUUAUCCAAUCGAUGAUCAACAACAGCAAAAAUAUAGAAGAAGAAAAUUAUUAGUUGUUUGUGAAUACCAUUAUUUAAAGCGAUUAGGUUUAAUUUGUUUGAAAUGUGAUAAGCCUAUUGCUUCUAACGAAAGAUAUCAUCCUGAGUGUAUUCAAUGUCCACUUUGUGUUACACCAACAACUAUUCAUUAUGACUAUAAAGGUCAAAGUUAUUGUAGACUUCAUUUCUCCCUAAUACCUGAAACGCAUUGCGCUGGUUGUGAACAAGCUAUUCUAAAACAAUUUGUUGAACAUCGUAAUUUACCUAAUCAAAUAUGGCAUCCUGAAUGUUAUAUGAUUUUAAAAUUUUGGAAUGUAAAAUUAAAACCAACAAAGAAACAAAUGGACCAUUCCAAUCUUAUUGACAAUCAAACAAAAAUUCAUCAAAAAGUGAAACGAAUAUGGACAGAUUUAUCAUCAUUCGAGGAAUCUUCUGCUAGUUGCAUUUCAGACAUGUUAUUAAAUGUGGCAGCAGGUGCAUAUACGGAAAGUAUACGUAUGGCUAAUCAGUUUAUCAUGCAUCUUGAAAUUUUAUUUUCUGCUUUAGACCUUAUUCAACAACAAUUAAAACUUCAUCAUCAAGAGUUAAAUUGUUCUCAAGAAUCAAGUUCAAUUUGUGACCAAUUGAUUCGUUUCUUACAAUUAUUAGCAACUUGCAAAAAAUCGGAUAUAGCUACAACUCAAGAAUUAUUAGAACUGAUUACUGGAUUAGCACAUAAUUUAAAGACUUUGAUCCGAAUAGGCUUACUUUAUGCCUUGAAUUUGGAACAAGAGUUCGGAAUUCAAAAUGGAAUAAAUCAAUUUUUAGACCAGCUUUCAGGACUUGAGAAAAAGAGAGUUUGGAUUGCAGGAAGAUAUUGGUUUAAAGAUAAUUUACCAAUGGCAUCAACUAUAAAUGAAGAAAUAUGUCAUCAAUGUAAUCAGAGUCUAAAAGAUACUGACUGUUUUCUAUAUCAACUACAGUAUCUGAAAUGGCAUCCACAUUGUUUUAGUUGCUCUGUUUGUUCAUCAUUGAACGAGAGCAAUACUAAUUCUAUGUUACUUUAUUCUUCUGUUAAUAACGCACUUUAUUGUCAAAAUUGCUUUAAUUCUACAGAACAUAAAGAGAAUGAUUCUAAUAUGCGUUGUACUUAUGUCAGUCUUUUGCAACAAAACCUGCAAAAUAUGAAAGUAUGUUUAACAAAAAUUUCUUUAACUACUAAUAAUGAUAUCAAGUUGAAAGAAGAGACACAUAAAAAAAUCAUUCGUGAAAAAGAAAGACCAGAAAGAUUACUACCUCAAACAAAAAGACAAGGAUCUAUUUUACAAAUCUUAGGUCAAAGAGCAAUGUUACAGCGACAUCAAGAAUCUACAAGUAAUAACUUGACGAAUCGAGCAAAUUCAAUAAAAAUGGGUCAAGUGGAAAAAAAGACAUCAUCAUUUGGUGCUGUUACAAAUUUAAAAAAGAAAAAAGAAAAUAGUCUUAUGAUAUCAACAUCACCUGUGUUUAAUACAGAAAAAUCUUCGAGUCAACAGGAGGAAACUUUAUCCCCAGUUACCUCUUUUAUGUCACCUAUUAGACAAAGAAGUAAUAAAUUAGCUAGAAGCCUAAGACGUACAUUUAGUACACAUAGCGAAAAUAAUAGCAAUAAAAUGGAUACUAAACGAAGAAAAUCUUCUACUUGUUAUGAUUUAUUUGAUUAUCAACAGCAAAAUGGAUUACGUGGACCUAGAAAGGCCUCUCUUUUAGCUUCAAUCAUGGAUGAGAUACCUAGUAGCUCUAUCAUACUCCCAAAUAAAACGAUAAGAAUAUACAUUGCGACACUGACUUUAUCUCAGGAUUUUGUUCUUCGUCAUGCUGCUGUUAUUGCUCUUUAUCCUCUUGUAUCAUCUCAUUUUUCUUUAGACGAUUUGAUUGAUAUAGUUGAGUCAAAAAAGAAAAAGAAAAAGAUAAAAUUAAACUUGUCUACAGCACAUGAUGAUACUUACAAUAAUACUUUAUCGCUAAAUUCUGCAUCUAUUCUUUGGGAAAAAUUAAUUAUGCACAUUAAAGCAUCUCCUACUUCAUUCUUGAUAAAAUCGCCAACAGGAGGAGAUGGUAAGAAAGUCUUUGGUGUAUCUUUAGAUAAAAUGAUACAACGAGACCAUAUUCAUACUAGCUUACAAAAGAAAGAAGCAGGUAUUACUUUAUGUGAUUUUACUCCAACUUUAAAUGCAUGCUUUUCAGAUAAUGCAUCCAUACCUCUCUUUGUUAAAACUUGUAUUAUGGCUAUUCUGCAAUCAGAUAUGUUAGUUGAAGGUGUCUUUCGUAAAAAUGGUAAUAUCAGGCAAUUAAAGAUGCUAGCACAGUCGAUUGAUAACUUGUAUGAAACGACAACGUCAGCUGAUAUGAAAGUUUAUAUGGAAAAGUUAUUAACGAAUCAAAGUAGUAUUCAGUUAACAGCAUUAUUAAAACGAUAUUUAAGAGAAUUACCUGAGCCAUUAUUAACAUUCCCUCUCUAUAAAUUAUUUAUUCAAUGUGGAAAAGUAAUGAAUGAUACGAUAGAGAACAGAGAUGAUCGAUUAAAGGCUCUUCAUUUUGCUUGUUGUUUAUUACCAAAGCCAAAUCGUGAUACUAUGCUCAUGAUUUUUUGUUGUCUGAAAUGGGUUUCAACAUUUAGUAAUAUGAAUAAAAUGGAUAUUCAUAAUUUAGCACGAAUUGUGGCACCUAGCGUUUUAUUCGAGAAGCCUAUCGCUUCACCUGUAUUUACGGAUCAUGAUAAACGUCAAUAUAGUCGACAGGGAACUGAAGAAGAAAUUAGUGUCAUUGAAGUUUUAAUUCGGGAAAUAGAUAAAAUAUCCAUUAUACCUGCUGAUUUAAAAAUACUGGCAUUAAAUGAUGUUCAUCAAGAUUUAACCUGUUUAAAUUCAAAAUAUUUUAUAACACAAUAUCAGCAAUUAUUAGCUGAAUUAGAGCAACAAGAAAAUAACGACGGUCAAUCGAAUCAAAGAUCUCUUCAAAAUAAUUGUUCAGAAAAAUCAUCACAAUCCUUCCAAGUCUUUUGACUCGAAUAAUAAAGCACUGCAACCACCACCACUGCCAGCUUCUAAACCUAGAAGAGCUUCAUGGAUGCCUGGAUUAACUCGAAAAAAGGAAUAUAUAAACGAGUAGCUAUAUAUAAUAGAAUUAUAAUACUUAUUAUGUUUAUAAAUAUAUGAUGACUUUCUUGUGUGUGUUCAAUAGAUAUAUUUGUAUAUACAUACAUACACGUAUACAUAUUAAAAGAGAUUGAGAGAAAUACUUAUUCUAUAGAUGGAAAAAGUAUCUUUCAUAUAUAUAUAUACA